AUGUCUCUUCGACGCGCUGCUGAUGGUUCUCUCUGGCGUUGUGUUAGGAGCAGUUGCCUCAGUCUUCUACAGCCAUAUCAACAUUCAAAAGAAAGUUUGUAUUAUCAGCGUUGUUUUUUCUCUUCUAGCAGAAACAAAUUGGGAACGUUUAAAUACCGUCAUACACGGACCACACCAGAUGACGCUGUUAAUCCAUUAACAACUCCUACAAACAUUGAUGCAGGUGCACUACAUGUGGUUUCAGUUCCUAUUGGAAAUUUAAAAGAUUUUUCAAUACGUGCUCUUGAUGUCCUUCGACAAGUAGAUUAUAUUAUUACAACCGAUCGUCCAGCAACUAAAACGUUACUUGAUCUUGUUCAAAUUGAAUCUCAAGGUCGUCUUAUUCAUUACUCUCGUAGUAAUCGUACGGCAACGAAGGAAAGACUUGUCGAACUUCUUAGAGGAGGGAGAAGUAUGGCAUUAGUGUGUACAAGUGGAACACCAUGUAUUGGAGAUGUUGGGAGUGAAUUAAUUCGAGAAAUGCAAGCAGAAAGUGUUCGUGUAGCGGCAAUUCCUGGACCAUGUGCGUUAACUUGUGCCUUGGCAGUUGCAGGUGUUACUUUUUCACCAUAUGAAGUGAAUGGAUCUAGUUCUCAAACACAGGAAGAAAUAUCAUCUACACCUUCUUUACGUUCUCUCCGUGAUGGUUCUUUUUUCUUUGGAAAUAUGUUACCAGAGUCUAAUGGAGCGCGUUUACGUAUUCUCCGCAAUACGGUUGGACAGGCAAACUUUCCUUGUGUAUUUUAUGAAAUACCAAGACGACUUCUUCUUGUUUUACGAGAUAUUGCCGUAGUAUUACCCCGUCGUCGUGUUAUUAUUGCACAUGAAUUAACAAAAUUAAAUGAGUCCCUACAUGCUGAUACAGCAGCGAAACUAUUAGCGUUCUAUUCACGUGAAGAGGCUUAUAUGAUGCUUAAAAAAGGACAACUGGUACUUAUUAUUGAUGCCCCUGAGGCUGAUGAAGCACGUGAACAAUUACAAAAAGAAGCGUAUAAACGUCAGAGAUUAAGGCGAGACAUUUCUGAAUUGGUUGGUACUAAUAAAGUUGACAGUAAGGAAGAGUUGAGUAAGGAUUCAAUAAAAUCGAAACCAAAAAAUCGUCGUAAAAUGUUACUUAAAGGGCGUCGUGAACGAAUGAUUGCACGUAUUGAAAAAGAGCAAGAGAAAAUUCGCAUGUCCAUGAUGAUUAAUCGAACUGAUGGAUCAAAACUUUAG